UCAUAGCUUUUGUUUAAGUAAGGUGGAUUUGUUUUGAAAGUAUUAUGUGGUAUGAAGACUUUCACGAAAUACCCUUGGUAAGGAGCUGUAAGUUCCUGAAUUGUUGUAUGAACCAUGUUAUUGGUUGGAAGCUUGAAUAGUUGUGAGAUUUUUUUGUUUCCAAACGGAUCUUUUGUUUCAUGUUCUACAAGUUGUCAUUUGCUAUAUAUACAGUCUUACGUAAUUGCAUUACUGUAGGAUCAUGGUAAUAUAUGGUGGGAGAUAUUCUUCUUGGUUUGCUGAAUUUUUGGUGGCCAUCAGGCUUCCUUGAUUGGGUAGUUUUGCUCAAGAAAUAUUCAUUAAGUUAUUUUUUUUUGAUAAAAAAAAAUUAUUCUGUUCAAUGGGUUUCUGAAGAAAAUUAAUUUUUUCAUGAGAAGUUAUUUUUUGUGUGUUUCUUAGCUAUAUCAAUACCUGCAUUUGUUUGGACGAUUUUUUCAUGCAUCAACAAUUCAACAUUGAGAGUUAUUACAUUGUACCCACAUUCACCCCAAUAUGCUCCAGGUUUUUUUCCUCUAGUUCCUGAGGAUAUUCUGGAGCAACUUGUGAGGCAGCUGAUAACAGUCUGUUACAAAAAAGAAAAGUUGCCUCAUCUGUUUAUUCUGCUAGUAUCAAGUGGAUAGUUGCUGGAUUAAUGUUUUACGUGCCUCAAGUAUGCCAGUAACUAGAUUGGCAUCAAUGCACCAUCCACUUAUCUAUCCAUGUGUCAAAGUAUUCUGUUGUAUAUUUAAUCCUAUCAGAAAAUCACUAAUAAUCAAUCAAAUUUGACAUGUGGAAUGAUCGAAAUGCUCAUGUAAGCUGCUAGAAGAAGUGCUUCUUAAAACAUGGUGAAAAUAUUAAGAGCACAUAUCUCAGAAGUGUGGCUGGAGUUGAGUGUGGCUUGAGUGAGAAUUUUGGGCCGGGUUCGAACGCUGGUCAUUCUCUUCAUGGUGAUCUCCUGUGUGCUGCUUCCUUGGUGUCUUAGUCUUUGAUGCUGCCACUUUUGUGAUGAUCUUUGGCAAUCAUGUGCAUUGUGAAAAAUGAUUAAGCUAUUUAAGGUGAAGGAAAAGCAAAAGGAACUUGCAGAGAGUGCUAAUGGAAAGUCAUCUAUCAAGAAGCAAAGCGCCGGAGAAUUACGUCUUCACAGAGACAUCAGCGAACUGAACAUGCCAAAAUCUUGUAGCAUAUCUUUCCCCAAUGGCAAGGAUGACUUGAUGAAUUUUGAGGUUACCAUUCGGCCUGAUGAAGGAUAUUAUCUAGGUGGUACUUUUAUGUUCACUUUCCAAGUCUCGCCUAUUUACCCUCAUGAAGCACCAAAGGUCAAGUGCAAGACAAAGGUGUACCAUCCUAAUAUUGACUUGGAAGGAAAUGUCUGCCUCAACAUUCUAAGAGAAGACUGGAAACCUGUGUUGAAUAUAAACACUAUAAUUUAUGGCCUAUUUCAUCUUUUCACGGAACCCAAUAGUGAAGAUCCACUCAAUCAUGAUGCUGCUGCAGUUUUAAGAGACAACCCGAAAUUGUUUGAAUCCAAUGUGCGAAGGGCAAUGACUGGUGGGUAUGUGGGGCAGACCCUCUUCCCACGAUGCAUAUAGCUGCCACUUGUGUUGCUAAACACCAACUUCAUCGCUUGAAGGUUCAAGGGCUGUAAAUUUGGUUGCAGAACUUCCCAGAAUGGUGCUGUUUGGACAGUUCUUCAGAAUGUAGAAGAAGCCCAGCAGAAGACGUUUGUAUGAUGUGUAACAUAGUGACAUGUUUGAGUUAUUGGUUGGGGACAUUUGAUUUUUUUUAUUGUAAUGCGAAUCACUGGGAUGAGACUUUAGUUAUGUAUUUAUUUCUUUUAUAGUUGGGGAAAACCAUGCCUUGUACUGCCUUGCUUGGGCAAAUGACGCUAAAACUCUGACUCUGUUAUUCACCUGUCUUCAGCAGCCUCGUUUCGUUGUUGAGCUCGAGUUCACGUAGCAUUUGUCCUCCUGUACGAGAAAAUGGAGGGAUGAAUCAUGAGAAUGGAGGCUGAGUUGUGGGUUGAAUACUUUUUACAUGUGUAAUUUAUCCAUUGAAAAUGUGCUAUGAUUUCUUUCUA